GCUGGCUGGGGCGCCGCCGCCCGAGCCUCCCGAGGCCCCGCCUGCCUGCGCCGCAUUGUCCCGGCCCGGAACCCCGGGCCCUGAGCUUGGAGCGACGCCGCAGCUCCGGCCCGCCCCGGACGGGCCCAUGCGGAGAGCCGGAGGCAUGGAGGACUACUCCGGGGAGGAUGAGGAGUCCUGGUACGAUCAGCAGGACCUGGAGCACGACCUACACUUGGCAGCAGAGUUGGGGAAGACGCUGUUGGAGCGGAACAAAGAGCUGGAGGAGUCCUUGCAGCAGAUGUACUCUACCAAUGAGGAACAGGUUCAGGAGAUUGAGUACCUGACAAAACAACUAGACACGCUUCGGCAAGUGAAUGAGCAACAUGCCAAGGUGUAUGAGCAGCUAGAUGUGACUGCUCAAGACCUGGAGCUGUCCAACCAGAAGCUGGUGCUGGAGAGCAAGGCUGCCCAGCAAAAGAUCCAGAGCCUGACAGAGACCAUCGAGAGUCUCCAGACCCAGGUAGAAGAGCUUCAGGGACAGGUGGAAGAGCUUAGGAGCUUGGAGCAAUUGAGGGUCCGAAGAGAGAAGCGGGAGCGACGGAGAACCAUCCACACCUUCCCUUGCCUUAAGGAAUUAUGUUCCAGUCCCCGGUACGAGGAUGCCUUCCGCUUGCAUAGCUCCUCCACGGAUCUGAGCCCAAAACCCUUGGAACGGGAGAACGAGCAUUUGCAGGCCAUUGUGACCUCCCUGCGUUCCCAGGUGAGCCAGGAGAAGCAGCGGAAGGAACGGGCCGAGCGGGAGUACACGUCCGUGAUACAGGAGUACUCAGAGCUGGAGCGGCGGGUAUGUGAGAUGGAAGGCUGCAAGCUUCGGGUGCAAGAGCUGGAGGCCGAAGUACUGGAGCUGCAACAGAUGAAGCAGGUGAAGACGUACCUCCUGAGCCGGGAGGACAACCUGUCCGAGGCCUUGCUGGAGCCUCUCAACAACGCGCCCGAGGCGGACGAUCCCGAGCUCGGAGGGGACGGGACUGCAGGGAAAGAUGGGGUCCCGUCCCCCGCGGCUUCGCCGGGGCAUUCGGUACGCAAGAGCUGCAGUGACACGGCCCUCAACGCCAUCAUGGCCAAAGACCUGGCCAACCGCCACAUGGGCAACUACAUCCUGCACGCCAACAGCGUGCGCAAGCGGGGCAUGUCCAUCCUGAGGGAGGUGGACGAGCAGUACCACGCGCUGCUGGAGAAGUACGAGGAGCUGCUGAGCAAGUGCAGGCAGCACAAGGAUGGCGUGCGGCACGCCGGGGUGCAGACCUCCCGCCCCAUCUCCCGGGACAGCUCCUGCCGGGACUUCCGGGCGGGGGAGGAGGGCCUGGGGGAAGAGUGGGGCGGGGGCAAACAGGGGGAGAAGAGCCUUAUUCAGCACGUGGAGGCUGUGGACAAGCGGCUGGAGCAGAGCCAGCCUGAAUACAAGGCCCUCUUCAAGGAGAUUUUUUCCCGGAUCCAGAAGACCAAGGCAGACAUUAAUGCCACCAAGGUCAAGACCCAUAGUAGCAAGUGAGCCCUGCCUGUCCCCAACCCCCCCCCUCGCUUUUGCCCCAGUCCUCUUCUUCUCCCCAAGCUACGAGGUACCCCCACCUCCUUUCUCUAGAGCCCUUCCCGCCUUCCGAGUUGGGGUGUGAUGCUAUCGCUCCAAGCUGGAAGGGUUCCCUACAAGGGCUGGAAGUGGAAGGAAGAGAGGAGCUUCAUAAGAGCACCUUGGUGAUGGUUCCAGAAACACCAGAGGAAUACCCCUCCCCCAUCCCCGUGGUGGGGGAGUAUGGGUAGCACUGGGGAGUUGAUCCCAUUUCUCAGGAGCUCCCAAUCACCCGUUGUCUGCCUGAUGAAGCGGAAUCCCAGAGUUAAAAAGCCAGACAUCCCAGGGGAAGCUCCUCUCUCCCUCACCCUCUGGCUUCCGGGCCAUAUAGCUGCUUCUCAGAUGUAUGGCCAACUUUCUUUUCAGAGCCAUUCUGGAUCUGGGGUGUUUUGGUUUUUUUUAAUUUUUAUGAUAGCUUCCCCUCCCCCCAACCCAAGACUGGAUGCACUUGAAGUGAGACCAGCCUGAGCUGCCUUCUGCAGUCCUGACUGGUUUCCUGGACCCAUACCCAGCACCCUAACUGGGAAUGCCACCCCAAACCCAGGGUUUUCAUCACUCCAUUUUGGCAGCAGCCGCUUAGUCCAAGGCAUCCCUGUCAGGUUGGAGACAGACAACCCCACUCUGGGCAGAAAGCCCCCUCUGAGAGAAGAGAGGGCCUCUGCUGUAACUCCAGACUUGGGAACCAGCUGUCUGUAUCCCCCCCGGGAUGUCAUGGCCACCCCUCAGGAGCCAGCCCAGCACUGUGUCUGUAGCAAGUGAGCUCUGGGGAGGAGGAGAGACCCUCACCCAGCUGUGAAGGAGCUUAAACUCCUGCUUUGCUGUUCUCCAGCCUUCCCAGAAAAUGCCUCUGACCGUGUUCAUUCUUUCAGGGGCUAGGGUUGAGGGGAAUCCCAACAGGAGGGGACACCCUUGUGGCCCUUGGGAUCCCCUGACUAACAUUGUAGCAGAACCACUCCUUUCUCACCCACGCUUGUGGUUUCCUACCUUCCCAGUCCGGGACUUCACUAUGUCUGCCCCUAUCUCAGGGACCAUGAUAUCUCAUUCACAUACUCCAUCCAGUGCCCACUCCUGGGUAUGUACAACCAGCAUGUUAGCCGAGCUUCAGCUUCUAGCCUGUCACUCCUAGGGCCAGCCUGAUGACUGUCCACCCAUACAGUAUUCUCCACCCAAUGGGAGAGAGAACAGAUCUUGCCUCCUGAAUAAUUCCUACUCUUCACCAAUAAGGCUCAGCCUCCUCUUUUCUUCCUCUGAUUGCUUGAUUUGGGGAUAUGAGGAGGAAGGGCUUUGAGUCUCCUCUGGUGUUGACUCUUCCUGACUGUGGCUAUUGCCCCUUUCUGGCUCAGUCUAAGAAGGUCUAGGGAUUCACAGCCCUGCCUCCAAGCCACCCAAUUCAAGAGUCUCAAUCCUUUCUGCUGACCCCAUAACCAUCAGUGGCUGUAGAGCCUGAUGGAGGAAGUGUUGCCUGGCUCCUAUACCAGGAUCUCUCAUGCCUUAUUUAUUUGUAACCAGAAUAGCAGUUUUCUUAAGCAUCCCUGAAGGCACCCAACCUACUCUUGAGGCAUCACUGUGAUGGAAGCUGGUGGCUCUGGUCUUUUAUAUUCCCUUGGUUUUGAAUCUUCAUCCUGUGGGGCAGAGGAAACUCUAGUCAUUUGUGCGUCUCUUCUGGCGGGGUAAGGGUGAGGGUGGGAAGGAGGAACUCCAUCCUGUCCAGACUCCAGCACUCUAGCAUCCUACCAGCUUCACCUUUGAAGUGUACAUGAGAGAAAUAUAUUUACAAAUGCUUUAUUCUCUUCUUAAAUUAAAAAAAGAAUGCAUCAGUAUUCUGAAAGCAGAAGUUGCCUUCAAAGAUAUGGAUCCUGUCUGUCUCUGUAGCAUUCACAUAUACACAACCCUCUGUUUUAUUAGAGAACUUGAUAGCUCAGGGGUUCUCAAUCUUUUUUAUGUCAUGCACCCCUUUGGCAGUCUGGCGAAGCCUAUGGACCCCUUCUCAGAAUCAUCCUUGUAAAUGUAUAAGAUACCGAUUAUAUUGAAAUACAGUUAUCACAAUUGCAAAACAAAUUGACCAACCCUAUUUAAGAAUUCCUGUAACAUAGCUGGAAAGGGAGAGAGACAUAAUGCCCACUUCUCUGGUGGGCUGCUUCUAUGGAAUUCCAUUCUCCAAUGGGAUUUUUUUUUUUGCUAGUUAAAAAACAAACAUUUUAUUGAUGCUCUGUUUUUUAUGCUACAGUCACUUCCCAUGAAACCUAACCAAGCCCACUACAGACCCCCUGUAACUCUCCUCUAUAACAAAGACAGAAAACCAACCUUGUUUGGCACCAUAUGCAAGGUUACACAUCUUCCACUUUGCUAUCAGUCCUCCAGAGCACAGACUCAAACACAAUUUUGAGAAUGCGCUUUCCUUCUCCCCUUUCAUUUCUGCUGGGCUGGCUGAGAGAAGUGAGAAGGCCUUUGAAUGAUGGCCUGCUAUGUGAAGAAUGCCACUUAGAAUAGAUGGAAAAGGGAAGUCGUGAGGAGGAGAGGGCCUGGCUUCACAUCCAGUUGGGAUUGUAAGUCAUCCAAGGACAAUGAGGGGAGAAGAAAGCAAAACAAGUUUCCCAGGAGAAUAUUGGAGCUCCCUUGUGGCUCCUCAGGGCACUCUCAGGAGAGCCCAAGGGGCAGGUUAUAUAUGCACAAAGCCCAGCUUUAAGCAUAGCUCUCAGAACACUUAGGGGAUUCCCGGGUAAUUAAGAUUGGGCAAAUAAAAAUAGUAACCCUUAACUUUAUAGUGCCUUAAGAAUUACAAAGAUUUAAAAAAAAGACAAAGAUGCUUUCACCAAGAGGUCAAUAGUGCAAGUUAAAGAAGCCAAGUUUCAGAAAGGUAAAUUCCAUUUCUAAAAUUUAUUGCAUAUUUCCUGUGCUAGGUACAUGAUAGGGAAUGGACCUGUGACUUCAUUUGUAUUGGAAACUCUACCAAUAUAGGUCAACACCUCUGCACUAUUAGUUUACUAGAGAGCUGUGGCAAGCAAACCAAAGCCACUGAACUGGACAUAAGGGUCCCUACAGGCCACACAUUGACUUUUAAAAAUUAUCAUGUUCUGCGUAUUUUUAUUUUAACUGUCCCCGUUACACUUGAACUGGUUGGGCCAGGGGGAGGAGAGAGACUCAGGAGAGGCCCCUGUUUGACACUUCUCACCUAACAUGCAAAGAAGCUACUUUCCCAAGGUGGUCAUACAGCCAACACUCAACCCAAGACAUCUUCCUGAGUGAAAAUCUGACCUCAGACACUAGCCGUUUGAUCCUGAACAAGUCACUUAGUCCUGUUUUGUCCCAGUUUCCUUAUCUGUAAAAUGAGCUGGAGAAGGAAAUGGCAAACCACUCCAGUACCCCAAACGGGUUGACAGAGAGUGAGGACACAACUGAAAUGACUAAACUCUAUCCCCCACACCCAACUGCCUCUGGAGAUGCAAAGAUAAAAUGCACUUCAGAUACUGCAUUUACAUUUUACCAGGAAAGUGGCAUACCCUUGAUAGGAUUGGAACCUGUGCCUUCUGACUAGACCUCUUUCCACCACAGCAGACUCCUGGGGAUUGAAGAAGGCACAGAGAAGGGCAGAAUCUGUCUCCCCUCUGUGUCAAAGUACUGGUAUUACGAGAACCUUGGUGAUAAAGAUAAGCAAUCAGUUUUAUGAUGGAGACCAGAGAAAAGGUCUCUGUUUUUAGAUCCUUGCCUGGUAUAAAGUUGGAACUUUCCCCAAAUAUACAUCUGUGAUCUUUCACAUCUUAAACUACAAGUUUGACUUCUUUUUGUUUUUAUUUUUAAAGUGGGGCAAUGAGGGUUAAGUGACUAGCCCAGGGUCACACAGCUAGUAAGUGUCAAGUGUUUGAGGCCAGAUUUUAACUCAGGUACUCCUGAAUCCAGGGCAGGUGCUUUAUCCACUGUACCAGCUAGCUGCCCCCUAACCUACAAGUUUGGAACUGGUAAUAUCACACAGAUUUUUCUCUUUCCAGACCUUAAAAGUUGUUUCUUCUGUAGGCUGUGUGUGAUCAGAUUAUUUUUAAUUCAAUUUUUAAUUCAAUUUUGAUUAUCAGUUCCAAAUUCU